AUGAAGAAGAAGCCCCGGACUGCUAUCCAAAGAGGCAGCAGUGCCGGCCUCCUGGCUGUCACACAUCACCGCAAGCAGCAGCAGCAAAAGCAACAGCAACAGCAGCAACAACAACAACAACCGCAGCAACAACAACAGCAACAGCAACAGCAGCAGCAGCAGCAGCAGCAGCAGCAGCAGCAAGAAAAGAUGGAUUAUCUGACUGUGUUGACGCCUCUGUCUCACGUAGAGAGCAUAUCUGUUUCUGCUGCUGCAGCAGCAGCAACACCACGACCCUCCUCCUCCUCCUCCUCCUCAGCAGCAGCAGCAGCAGCAGCAGCAGGAGCAGCAGCAGCAGCAGCAAAGUCUUCACCUUCUCUGCAUGCGCUGCUGCCCCCAUCACCAGCAGCAACAGCUUACGCACACUCUGACACCUCUACACAACCCGAGAGGUCCUCGCUGCUGUCCCCCAGCCCGCUGCUGCUGCCGCGGACGCCAACGAAGCAGGUUGAGCCUCUGCUGCAGCAGCAGCAGCAGCUGCUGCAGCAGCAACUUGAGAUUCUGCAGCAGCGCCAGGAGUUGCAACAGCAACAGCAGCAGCAGCUGCAGCAGCAGCUGCUGCAGCAGCAGCAGCAGCAACAGCAGCAGCAAAGAAUCAAUGAAGUUGUUACGCAGCAGCACAGCGAACUGCUGCGAAGCUUCGGAGAGGUAAGAGUAUCCCCGCGACAGCGGCUGCAGCAGCAGCAGCAGCAGCAGCAACAGCAGCAGCAACUGCUGCUGCUGCAGCAGCAACAGCAACAACAGCAGCAGCAGCAGCAGCAGCAGCAGCAACAGCAGCAGAAGCAGCAGCAGAAGCAAUUCAACUCAACUCAGCAGCAAGACACACACUGCUGCAGCCCCGAAGCAGCAGCGCAACAGACCCACAGGCCCGCCUGGCUGCGAAGGCCUGCGCCGCAGCAGCAGCAGCAGCAGCAGCAGCAACAGCAACAGCAGCAGCAGCAGCAGCAGGAGCAACUGCAGCAGCAACAACAACAACACCAACAUCUGCAAGUGCAACAGCAAACCGCGCCGGCUCCAGCAACACAGCAGCACAAACAGCAGCAGCAGCAGCAACAGCAGCAGCAGCAGCAGCAGCAGCAGCAAGCUACCUUCUUGUGGGGCCGCGUGCUGCAGCAACGCCGCUGCCAGCCCUGGAUUGACCAUCGCAUGCAGACAGCAGCGUUGCUGCAGAACAGCAGCAGCAGCUUCAUGCCUCAGCAGCAGCAGCAGCAGCAGCAACAGCAGCAGCAGCAUGUAGAGCAGGCAGCAUCUAGUUCGCCUCUGUUGCUGCACCAGCAGCAGCAGCAGCAGCUGCUGCUGCAGCAACGUGCUGCUCCCCUCUCUGUUCAACUGAAUGGAGGAGACUUGCAGCAUGCGUGGAGCCCUGAGCCCUGA